AGCUUGCCCCAAAGGCCUGUGGGGCAUCGAGUGCCAAAACAAAUGCGAAUGUCAGAACAACUCCACCUGUGAUCCCUUCAAUGGCGAAUGCCGCUGCAGGCGUGGAUGGAUCGGCAAACAUUGCGAGAAGCGGUGCGACAAAGGUUACUAUGGACAAGAAUGCUUGGAGAAGUGCAGGUGCGAUGAUCCAUGUCCAAUCGGCACCCACGGCCCUGAAUGCAAAUCAGAGUGUCGCUGCCAGAAUGGCGGCACUUGCGAUCCCGAGACUGGCUUCUGUUACUGCAAGGACGGUUGGACGGGACCGGUGUGUGCCAACAGGUGUCCAUUCGGGCACUGGGGUGUCAAUUGCACGGAACUGUGCAACUGCUAUAACGGCGCAUCCUGUCACCAUAUCAAUGGAUCUUGCGAGUGUCAACCUGGAUUCACCGGAGACAGGUGUUUAGAUACGUGUCCUGAAGGAACGUAUGGACUCGACUGUAAAGAAAAAUGCCUAUGCCAAAAUGGCGCCAAGUGCUCCCACAAAAACGGCAACUGUCUUUGCUCGAAAGGAUGGAAAGGCAAAUACUGUGACAAGAGAAUAUGCCCCGAUGGAUGGUACGGGCUAAAGUGCGCCCGCCCAUGCCGGUGUAGCAAGGAUUACACGGAAAUGUGUCAUCCUUGGACUGGUGAAUGUGACUGCAAACCAGGUUGGAAUUCCGGUGAUUGCAGCAGACCCUGCCCAUUCUUGACUUACGGAAAGGGAUGUCAUGGACUAUGCAGGUGUCAAAAUAAUGCCCAGUGCUCAGCAGUUAAUGGUACAUGUAUAUGUCCACCUGGAUUUACAGGCGAGCAUUGCGAAAAGAAUUGUCUUGAUGGAAGGUUUGGAGAAGAUUGUGCUCAUAAAUGUGAUUGUAA